GAUUUUGCUUCUCGUCCAAAUUCACGCGUGGUGUCGAACUUUGUCGACACUAAUUUCGGGUUAUCGCUUCAAUUCUGAAAAGGUUCUCCCGAAAUUGGUUUGGUUUCCAUGGAAUUUUCUUAAUGUUACGCGAUUUUUAUUGGAAAAUGUCACGCACGUUAUAGAUAAGAAUUGUGCCACCAUCCGUUUGGACGAGUCAAUGCGUCGUCAAGCUGGUCAAGUGAUGACUUCACAACAUGAAAACAAGUUUAUCAAUGAAAAGGCUUGGCACGUAUUAAUCUUUAAUCCGGUAAAAAUAGUUUUUGCUCCGGGAACAAGGUUAUCAGAUAUGAGCGGCUACAAAGAUCACAACCAAAAUG